AUUAAAAACUGGACAGGAACAGCCCCGCUCGGCCCGGCUCACACCCACACCCGCAGCCGCUGGGGCUCCGCAGGCUCGGAGGUGCCAGGGUGUCCCUGCGUGCUCUGCCCCGCUCCGUGCGGACGCGCCGCGAACGCCCGGCCCCGCUCGGGUUUCCCCCUGUCCCUGCCCCGCUGACGCUGCCUGUGCCCUCAGGUCCGGCAGAGCCGAGCCGAGCCGAGCCGUGCGGGGCCAGCCGGACAUGCUGACCUGGCCUGGCUGAGCCCAGCCAGCCCCGCUGCCGGGAAUCGCAGCGUGUCCCGGGCUGGAAGGGACCCGGGAAGAGCAUCAGCAUCCACAGCCCGGCACAGCAUCCCCCCGGCAUGGAGCCCGCUGCCGAGGUGAAGAGGAAUAGUUUCCCCAGCAUGAACUUUGAAGCUGAGAUUCUGACAACACCACACGAUAAUUCAGAGCUCUACAUGAUCCCUUCCAUGAGGAGCCUCACAGCUGAGGAGUAUGUGGAGGCCUUCAAGUCAUUCUUGGAGCACUCAACGGAGCACCAGUGCAUGGAUGAGUUCAACAAGGAACAAAUGCCCACCAUCGUGGCUGGUCUGGGUGCUGGAAAAUCGACCCUCAGCGUUCUGGGAGUUGGGAGUGGCACAGGUGAGCAGGAUUUGAAAAUGAUCAGGAUACUGCAGGCUGUGCACCCAGGGGUCUUUAUUGACAAUGAGAUUGUGGAGCCCAACCCACAGCACGUGGCAGCUUACAAAGAGCUGGUGAGUCAAGCUCCAGACCUGCAGAAUGUUUCUUUUAUUUGGCACCAGCUCACUUCCUUGGAGUAUGAACAGCAGGUGAAGGAGAGAGGCACACAUAAGAAAUUUGACUUCAUCCAUAUGAUCCAGAUGCUGUAUCGUGUGGAGGAUAUUCCCAGUACUAUCAAGUUUUUCCACAGCUGCCUCGACCAUCAUGGCAAACUCCUGAUCAUAAUUUUGUCAGACAGCAGCGGCUGGGCCAGCCUGUGGAGGAAGCACAGGGACUGCCUGCCCGCCACCGACAGCGGCCACUACAUCACCUGCAGCGGCAUCACCGAGGUGCUGCAGGGGCUGGGGGUGCAGCACCGCGUCUACGAGCUGCCCUCGGGCUGGGACAUCACCGAGUGCUUCGCCGAGGGGGACGCGGAGGGCGGCCGCAUGAUGGAUUUCCUGACGGGCACCAAGAACUUCCUGGGCACGGCCCCGGCGGCGCUGCGGCGGCGGCUGCGGGAGGCGCUGCGCCAGCCCGAGUGCAGCAGCACCCGGGACGGCAGGGUCAUCUUCAGCAACAACCUCAGCAUGAUCGUCGUGGACUCCUAGAGCCACGGCUUGUGGCUUGUUGUGAACAGCGUGCAUCCCGCCUGUGCUUUCGCUGGGACUGGCACUGCUCUGUGGGGUGGCGGCAGGUUUGCUCGCCCACAGAGGAGCCUGCGCGGCCUUGGCGGCCGUGAGGGAGGCAGCCAGGUACAGACCUAUGCUCCACUGUGAUGCCUUCUGCCCCAGCCGGGCCGCCACAAACUGAUUCCUCGUGAAGGCUGGCCUAGAACAGAGCUAAAGAAUGAAGUAGGGAUUUAUUAGGAGGCCUCCAUGGAUCCACCUUGGGCAGCGCAAGAGCCCAGCCAGGGCUGCACCCAAGAUGAACCAAAAUGGUCACAAAAUGCACGAGUGCUCACGGGGUCUCUCACUUUUAUAAGUUCUGCUCCAUUUGCAGAUUGGAGUGAAUUGCCAAUCACAGCUUUAGCCCAUGAAGUCCCAUCCUUCUUGUUUUUCUCUCUUCAGCCGAUGUUUGAUCUCUUGGGCCUGAGAUUUGGAUCAUUUGUCCUUGGUCCCCAGCUAGAAAAAGAAUUGUUUUGUCUGCCUCUCUCUGUGAAGAGAGCUCACCAUCCCCUAAUACGAAGCUCAAAAGUUCACACUAAAGCAACACAGAAUCUGAAAACUAUAAAAGCUAAAACCUGAGGCAUCACCAGGACAAAACCACCAAGAUGUCCCAUCUGCUUUGCACCCAGGUAAUGUCACUGCACCCAGGCCCGAGCUGUAAGUUGCUCUGCACUAGGCUAUUUCACGUGGUUUUAUUGGCACAGACAUUUACUGCCCCAAGUCUCUCAGCAUCUCACGACAUAAAUUCUUAAAAAUUUAGUCUUAAAAAUUUAUCAGCCUUUUUGUUUGGAGAAUAUUUUGGAACCCAGGAUGAUACUUGCCCUGUGCUCUUUCAGGCAGACAUUAAUUUUGUUACUUUCUUACUACUGUUUGUCUCCAUAUAAAAUAAAAGCAAUCUUAAAACAAAAAA